AUGACCUCUCACACUAUCUUUUGCUUUUCCUUUUUCAGCUCGACUUUUGAGCUGUUUAGAAAGCCAGGCAGGAUUUUGUGGAAUCGACACUUCAACCACCUUGCUACGUGUUUCAAUGGUGUGAAUAACGAAGAGCUAGCCGAAGGAAAUUUGGAGAACUUUUUCGAGAUCUUGCGAGCAGUUGUACUUAAGAAGUUGAACAUAUGGCGAAACGUCAUAGCCUUCUUAGAGUUCGAUUUCAUUCCUGUGUGUUUGUUGAAGAUAUCUAAGGAGAUAUGCACACUACUAGUUGACUUCCUGCUUACUCUUGCCCAUGAUCUGGAGACACUGGACGCUGAAGAUUUCCCGCUGAACGCUCUCCACGCAACAUCAGCUUUCGAGCGAUUUUUGUUGAAGCAAGACGAAGAAAUUAUUACCGGUAUUACCUUCCAUCAAAGGUGA